UUCGUAUGCAUGUACAUCCAUACAAAGCAAAUUUGAAAGAAUCACGCCAUUGUGUCAUUCAGUUAAGAUGGCAGCAGAAUCGCUUUAAACAAAUCGCGGCGGCGUCCCAUCCGUCAGUUUUGGCGGGAAGACCGUAACGUCCGGAGCAAAAUGGUGGCGAAGGAAGCGUUGAUAGAACAGUUCCAGGCUUUGGGUUCAAACGUCGAGGAUAACGCCGUUUUAAAUAAAUGUCUUGAUCUUUGCGACUCGUAUGGUAUAGACGAGGAGACGUUCGUCGAGAUAUGGGUGGCAUUCAGCGUCCCACGUUAUAAAAGUCUUGAUCCGACUUUGGAAGGUCUUGGACAGCUGGAGCGUAUAGAAUUAAAAAAGGGAAAUAAACUGCGAGUUGAAAAAGAUCUGUCCAAACUUGCAGUCUACAAUUCCUGCAACUCCAAGCAAUACAAUGAAAAUGAUGACCUUCUUGAGAUGUAUGGAGGAAGAACACCUACUACGCCAAAAGUCAAGAGGCUCAGGAGUCCCGAGUCGGAUACGCCGGAGAGCGAGAACAAAGUACGUGCCGUGGAAAAUCAAUUUUCACCAGUUACUUACUCGCAGACGCCGAUUACUCCCACCCGUAAGUCGUCCAGGAGCUCCAGUGGCAAGGUGCUGCUCUCGUUUGGAGAGGGCGUGGUAUCUUGGAAGAAUAAUGAUAAAACGAGAGUGGAAGUGGAGAAGACCGAGGAUCCUCAUGUACCUGCCAAGGCGAUGUACAUGUUUGAAUUACUUUCGAAGAAGUUUUCGAUCAUGAAUCUGCUGUGUCAGGAUGUCGGUACCAGGAUCUGCGAAUACUGGCAUAGACAGAAAAACGACGAUGUACCUAUAACAUGGAACGUCAGGUCCAAGUCGCUAACAUAUUUUCGUACAUGGGGAAAAGUCGUGCACGAGAUGAAGGGAAAGCUUAACAAUAAAUCUGUCAUGUUGGUGGGUUGUAAGACUCCACUUGGACAGAAUAAAUCGUCAUGUGUGCGGAUGGACCUCAGUAACGUUGAACAAUAUUCCUUGUUCCCGGGACAGAUUAUUGCUGUCGAAUGCAAGAAUCCUACCGAGGAUUUACUUAUCGUUAAGGAAAUUUUCGCCCAUAAUUACGCACCCCCCUCGAAGCCGCCGCAGCUUUUGCAAAAUUUACAUGUUAUGGUUGCUGCUGGACCCUUUACUCCUAUGGACAAUUUAAAUUAUGGUCCUCUGUGGGAUCUGAUGAAGCAGGUGGUUCAGAACGAGCCUCAUUUAUUGAUUCUAAUUGGUCCGUUCAUUGAGUUUACGCAUCCUGAAAUUGAAAAGGGCACCAUUGCUGACACCUUUCAGGAAUUGUUCGAGCAGCUCGUUUCUAAGAUGAUGACUCAAUUGCAAGGGACGUGCACGCAGGUCGUCCUCAUACCUUCCAAUCGUGAUGCUCAUCAUGACCCUAUUUAUCCUACUCCGGAAUUCUUUGUUUCUAAAGCAGUACAAAAUCCUAACUUACAUCUAAUGCCGGAUCCUUGUAUGUUGAGUGUCCAAGGCUUUACUGUGGGAGUGACAUCUGUCGAUUCGCUUAUGCAUCUUGGUCGUGAGGAGAUAACUUCAAAUAUGAUGGGGAUGGACAAACUUGGUCGAUUGGCAAAUCAUCUUCUCAGCCAGAGCUGCUACUAUCCUCUAUAUCCCCCGGCUGAAGAAGUCAACGUUGAUAUGACACUUUGGGAAAAAUAUGCUUUUAUGGAUCAACAACCUCAUCUUUUAAUUCUUCCAUCGGCCAUGCGACACUUCUGCAAAACCAUCAAGGGCUGCGUCGUUUUGAAUCCUGAACGAGCUAACAAGUAUUUGUAUGCUAGACUCGUCAUUAAGCCUGCUGUUGCAGGAGUCUGGAAUCAGGAUAAAGUGUCAUGCGAGAUACUACAAAUCUAAUGAAUGUGUUACGAAAAAGCAAGUUUGACGCCACUGUAUAUUUUGUAUAUUAUUAUUGACUAGCUUGUGAUGAAAUAAAAUAUAGUUGCAUUUUUCUAAAGUA